AGUGCUAGAUUGUACUCGGAAAAAGCGCGUCCUUUGCUUCAAACCCAUUAGCCAUUGGAGGGACGGAAAGGAAAAUCUACAUAGGAAUUCAACUGGCCAAUGGAAAGCGCGGAGGGGGCAAGGUGGGCAAGACUGCGUAGUUUCCUUGGAUACCGAGGACGCGACAUUUUUGGAGAGGGUAGAGCUGUGAAGUGAGAUCUAGAGAAAAAAAGGAGCCUAAAUAAGGAUCAGUACCAAGCGAAGGGAUAAGAAACGGCAUUUUAAAGAAUUGUGAAAAAUGGAAGACAGCACCACAGACACAGAACAAGAAGAAGAGGAGAAAAAUGAAAAGGAUCAAGAAGACCCCAUUUAUGCCAUAGCACCCACAAUUAACACCCAAUUACAUGCUAUGGGAAAACUUCCUGGAACCAGAAUGGCAGAAUUAAAAGCCAAGUACACUUUGCUGCAUGAUACUGUUGUAAGCACACAAGAGUCAGAGGUCCAACUGCUCCAGAAUGCCAAACGUUUCACUGAGCAAAUAGAACAGCAGCAGUUUCACCUGCAGCAAGCUGAUAAUUUUCCAGAGGCAUUCUCCACUGAGGUCUCCAAAAUGAGAGAACAACUUCUCAAGUAUCAAAAUGAAUACAAUGCAGUGAAGGAAAGAGAGUUCCAUAAUCAGUACAGAUUGAAUAGCUUAAUGGAAGAAAAAAGCAUCAUAAUAAAGGAAUUCGAGAAAAUUCCUAAGCCAGGAGAAAUGGAGAAGAAGAUGAGAAUAUUGAGAGAAAGCACUGAAGAAUUACGUAAGGAAACAAUGCAGAAGAAAAUAGAAAUCAAAAAUUUACGGGAAGAUUUAACAUCUAAGCAAAAGCAAUUAAUAAAGGAACAGAAGGAGCUAGAAGAAUUGUUGGAAUAUCAGGUCAACCUAAAGGAUGAAGUGGUCCACCAUCAAGCCAUCCCUGUACAAAUUGGAAAAGAGAUAGAAAAAACAACACGUAAAAAAGUAGAAAUGGAAAAGAAAAAAAUUGUCUUGGAAUAUGAACUCAAAGAACUAAAUGACUCACUAAAGAAAGUUGAAACCAAAAUUAAUGCUAUAAUGGAAGAGAAGGAGGAUGUAAUAAAGGAAGUUGAAGGCAAACGAGCCUUACUUGAAGUAAAAGAACGAGAAUAUAACCAAUUGGUUAAGCUAUUGGAAUUAACCAGAGAGAAUGAAGCAACUUCACUAACUGAAAGAGGGAUCUUGGAUCUCAAUUUACGAAACUCUCUCAUCGACAAGCAGAACUACCACGAUGAACUUUCUCGUAAACAAAGAGAGAAAGAACGAGAUUUUCGAAAUUUAAAGAAGAUGGAGCUGCUCUUGAAAGUGUCCUGGGAUGCACUCACUCAAACUCAAGCCCUACAUCAAAGGCUUCUAUUAGAGAUGGAAGCUAUCCCUAAAGAUGAUUCUGCAUUAUCUGAGAGAAGGAGAGAACUCCACAAGGAAGUUGAAGUAGCUAAAAGGAAUUUGACCCAGCAGAAAAUCCUAUCAGAUGCAGAGUCUAAGUUAGUAGAACAGCAACUUGCAGAAGAAAACAAGCUUUUAAAGGAGCAAGAAAACAUGCGAGAACUAGUAUUUGGCCUUGUCCGUCUGACUCAAAUCAAAAUUGAUGAGAAGGAGCAAAAAUCCAAGGAUUUCCGGAAAGCUCAGCAAAAAUAUACCAACAUUGUGAAGGAGAUCAAAGCAAAGGAUCUUGAAAUCAGGAUACACAGGAAGAAAAAACGUGAAAUUCAUCGGAGACUCAGAGAGUUUGCUAAACUGUAUGACACUAUUCGAAAUGAAAGAAACAAAUUUGUUAACUUACUUCACAAAGCUCACCAGCAAGUAAACGAAAUAAAAGAAAGGCAUAAAAUGUCAUUAAAUGAACUAGAAAUUUUAAGAAAUAGUGCAGUUACUCAAGAAAGAAAGCUACAAAAUUCCAUGCUGAAACGUGCCAACAAUGUUACCAUUAGAGAAAGCAUGCAAAAUGAUGUGUGCAAAAUUGUAGUCAAACUUCAGGAAAUGAAAGAGAAGAAGGAAGCCCAGUUAAAUAACAUUGACAGACUUGCCCAUAUGAUCACCGUCAUUGAAGAGGAGAUGGUGCAACUUCGCAAAAAAUACGAACGAGCCGUUCAGCGUCGAAAUGAAAGUGGUGUUCAGCUGAUAGAACGGGAAGAAGAAGUGUGCAUUUUUUAUGAAAAAAUAAAUAUCCAAGAGAAGAUGAAACUAAAUGCAGAAAUUGAAAUACAUGUCCUGGACGAAAAGAUACGAUUCCUGAAACUGAAGAUUGCUGAGAAGCAAAGACAGAUUCAUGUGACCCAGAAAUUACUGCCAGCCAAGAAGUCCCUGGAUGCCGAAUUAGCAGUGCUCCAAAUUCAGUUUUCACAGUGUACAGACAGAAUAAAAGACCUGGAGAAACAGUUUGUAAAUCCUGAGGAUAAGAACAGAACCCGCUUCCUUCCGGGGAAAGAUAUGACUGAAGAAGAAAUGAUCAAAAAAUUAGAUGCGCUGGAACUACAGCUGGCCAAGAAGGAGGAGCAGUUACUGGAAAAAGAUUUCAUCUAUGAACAGGUCUCCAGGCUCACGGAUAGGCUCUACAGCAAAACUCAAGCCUACAAGCAGGACACACUGCUCUUAGCCAAGAAGAUGAAUGGCUACCAGAAAAAGAUCAAAGAUGCCACUGAAAAAAUGAUGGCUCUUGUCGCCGAGCUGUCCAUGAAACAAGCUCUGGCCAUUGAACUCCAAAAGGAAGUCAAGGAGAAAGAGGACUUCAUUUUCUCUUGCAAUUCCAGGAUAGAAAAGGGUCUACCACUCAAUAAAGAGAUUGAGAGAGAAUGGUUGAAGGUACUUCGAGAUGAAGAAAUGUAUGCCGUGGCCAUCGCCGAAAAGUCUCGGGAAUUUUUGGAAGCAGAUAAUCGCCAGCUGCCCAAUGGUGUUUACACAACUGCAGAGCCACGUCCAAAUGCCUACAUCCCAGAGGCAGAGGCCACUCUUCCUUUGCCAAAACCAUAUGGUGCUUUGGCUCCUUUUAAACCUAGUGAACCUGGGGCCAAUAUGAGGCAUAUAAGGAAACCUGUUAUAAAGCCAAUUGAAAUCUGAGUAUGUACACCAACCCAAGCUUCUCAAGGAGACACUUCGACACAUCCGCAGCAGGAAAAUAUCAGCAGAAUAGCUCUGAAUUACAAAUACAGCAUCCACGAUUAAUCACCAACAGAGGACAACAUGGUUUCCUUUUGUACUAAGUACUAUAUUUUACAGGAUGUUAAGUAGGACACAGAAUUGUCCUACAAUUAUGUCAGAACAUUGAUUUGUAUUGCUCAUUUCCUUCUUUUUCACUCUAUAUAUUGACUACCUUUCAGAAAUAUAUAGUAAGCCAGGUACCAUAAAAAUACAAUAAAAAAUAUUUUCAAUGAAGUA